AUGGCGGCCAGACUGGAGCGUGCGGUGCAGAAAAGGCAAGUCCUACUUCUUUGUGUGUUUCUGGGAGUGUCUUGGGCUGGUGCUGAGCCGCUCCGGUAUUUUGUGGCGGAGGAAACCGAGAGAGGCACCUUUCUGGCCAACCUAGCAAACGACCUGGGGCUGGGGGUGGGGGAACUUUCAGCUCGGGGAUCUAGGAUCAUUUCAGAUCAGAAUAUGCAAUUUUUACUACUCAACCCGCUUACUGGUGAUUUACUUCUAAAUGAAAAAUUAGACCGAGAGGAACUGUGCGGCUCCACGGAGCCCUGCGCGCUUCCUUUCCAGCUGUUACUGGAAAAGCCUUUGCAGAUUUUCCGUGCUGAGCUUUGGGUCAGAGACAUCAACGACCACUCUCCAGUGUUUCUAGGUAGAGAGAUUCCUUUGAAAAUAUCAGAGCUCACCACUCCAGGGGCGGCAUUUCUCCUAGAAAGGGCGCAGGAUUCAGAUGUUGGAACCAACAACUUGAGAAACUACACCAUCAGCGCCAAUGCCUAUUUCCAUGUCAAUGUGCAUGAUAAUGGGGAGGGGACUAUCUAUCCGGAACUAGUACUGGACCGAGUGCUAGAUCGAGAGGAGGUGCCUGAGCUCCGUUUAACCCUCACCGCCUGGGAUGGCGGCUCUCCGCCCAGAUCCGGGACCGCCCUAGUACGCAUCCAGGUUGUGGACAUAAAUGACAACGUCCCUGAGUUUGCACAGUCUCUCUACAAGGUGCAGGUGCCAGAGAACAGCCCUGUUGGCUCCCUGGUUGUCUCCGUAUCAGCUAGAGAUUUAGACGCCGGAAGUAAUGGGGAAAUAGUCUAUGCAUUUUUUUAUGCCACUGAAAGAAUUCUCAAAACGUUUCAAAUCAAUUCAACAUCUGGCAAUAUUCAUCUGAAAGCCGAAUUAAACUAUGAAGAAAUGCAAACCUACACACUAACUAUCCAGGCCACGGAUGGUGGAGGGCUUUCUGGGAAAUGUACCGUGGUGGUCCACGUAACCGAUGUCAAUGAUAACCCCCCGGAACUACUCAUGUCAUCACUUACAAGCUCGGUUGCAGAAAACUCAGCCGAGACUAUUGUGGCUGUUUUUAGGAUUAGAGACAAAGAUUCAGGUAACAAUGCAAAGAUGGUGUGCUCCAUCCAAGAUGAUUUGCCCUUCGUCCUGAAGCCAUCAGUAGAAAAUUUCUACACCCUGGUAACUGAGAGACCGCUGGACAGAGAGACUCAGCCCGAAUACAACAUCACCAUCACCGUCACUGACAUGGGGACCCCCAGGCUGAAAACCAAGCACAAUAUCACCCUGCUGGUGUCCGACGUCAACGACAACGCCCCCGCCUUCACCCAGCCCUCCUACAGUCUGUCCCUCCGCGAGAACAACAGCCCCGCCCUGCACAUCGGCAGCGUCAGCGCCACAGACAGGGACGCGGGCGCCAACGCCCAGCUCACCUACUCGCUGCUGCCGCCCCGGGACCCGCGCCUGCCCCUGGCCUCGCUGGUGGCCAUCAACGCCGACACCGGCCAGCUGUUCGCGCUGCGGGCGCUGGACUUCGAGGCGCUGCGUGCGUUCGAGUUCGGCGUGGGCGCCACGGACCGCGGGGCGCCCGCGCUGAGCAGCCAGGCGCUGGUGCGCGUGCAGGUGCUGGACGCCAACGACAACGCGCCCUCCGUGCUGUACCCGCCGCACAACGGCUCCGCGCCCUGCACCGAGCUGGUGCCCAGGGCGGCCGAGCCGGGCUACCUGGUGAGCAAAGUGGUGGCGGUGGACGCCGACUCGGGCCAGAACGCCUGGCUGUCGUUCCAGCUGCUCAGGGCCACGGAGCCCGGGCUGUUCGGCGUGUGGGCGCACAAUGGCGAGGUGCGCACGGCGCGGCCGCUGGGCGAGCGCGACGCGGCCAGGCACAGGCUGGUGGUGCUGGUCAGGGACCAUGGCGAGCCCGCGCUGUCCGCCAGCGUCACGCUGCACGUGCUGCUGGUGGACGGCUUCUCGCAGCCCUACCUGCCGCUGCCCGAGGCGGCGGCCGAGCAGGCGCGGGCGGAUCCGCUGACCGUGUACCUGGUGGUGGCGCUGGCGGCGGUGUCGUCGCUGUUCCUGUUCUCGGUGCUGGCGUUGGUGGCGGUGCGGCUGUGCAGGCGGAGCAGGGCGGCCUGGGCGGGUGGCUGCUCGGUGCCUGAGGGCCACCUUCCUGGCCACCUGGUGGACGUGAGCGGUACUGGGACCCUGUCCCAGAGCUACCAGUAUGAGGUGUGUCUGAGGGGAGGCUCAGGGACCUCUAGCGAGUUUAAGUUCCUGAAGCCCAUUAUUACCAAUCUGCAGUCCCAGAGCACAGGGUGCGAUGUGGAAGAAUAUCCUGCCUUUCGAAAUGAUUUGGGUUUCUGA